CUCUUCUCUUGCCCACCCGCCCCAGCCCCCAAUGUCGCCGCCCCUCGAGCCCCACGACUACAUCGGCCUCUCCGCCGCCGCCGCGCCGCCGACGCCGACCUCCUCCUCGUCCUCCUCGUCCUCGCCGGCGCCCCGCCUCACCCUCCGCCUCGGCCUGCCGGGCUCCGAGUCCCCCGACCGCGGCGACCGGGACUGCUGCGAGGACGACGUCGCCGCCGCGCUCUCCCUCGGCCCGCUGCCGGCUGCCCCCAAGGCGGCCGCCGCAUCCGCUGGCGUCUCCGCCAAGCGCGCCUUCCCGGACCCCGCCCAGCGCCCCGGCGGCGCUGCCAAGGCUAGCGACGACAAGCAGCACCAGCAGGCUUCCCCCGCCGCGCCGCCGGCCGCCAAAGCGCAGGUGGUGGGAUGGCCGCCCGUGCGGAACUACCGGAAGAACACCCUCGCCGCCAGCGCCUCCAAGAGCAAGGCGCCCGCGGAGGAGGCCGCGUCUGGAGGCGGCGGGCCUAUGUACGUCAAGGUCAGCAUGGAUGGCGCGCCCUACCUCAGGAAGGUGGACAUCAAGAUGUACUCCAGCUACGAGGACCUCUCCAUGGCGCUUGAGAAGAUGUUCAGCUGCUUCAUCACUGGUCAAAGUGGUCUGCAUAAAUCAUCGAGCAAAGACAGGCUGACUAAUGGCUCAAAGGUGGAUGCCCUCAAAGACCAGGAGUAUGUCCUUACAUAUGAGGAUAAGGAUGCAGACUGGAUGCUUGUUGGUGAUCUUCCCUGGGAUUAUUUUACCUCUAUCUGUCGGAAGCUCAAAAUCAUGAGGGGCUCUGAUGCUGUUGGAAUAGCUCCAAGAACCAUAGAGCAGACAGGUCAGAACAAAUAAGCUUGUCUGCAUCCACGGAAGACAUAUGAGCUAGCUGGGAGACUGUGUGUCUAUGUUGAAGGCUGAAAUAGUUGCUGGGAAUUAUCAAAACUCGUCAAAAAUGUUUAGUGUAGUUUUCACGUGUUCUUGAGACAUGUGCAUUUGUAUGUCUGUGAUGUGAUCUGUCAGAUCGUGCAAUCGUAGGUUGCUGUUCUUGUGCCGUUUAAAGGCCAAAUCAGGGAGCUCUCUGCUUCCUGCGUGAUUGCUUUCCAGCAUUCCCUAUUAACCUACUCUGAAAUCUCAUCCAUCAUGCCAUAAGAACUGAUGGUUCGUGAUGUCAAGAAAUCUGUCCUAAUUGUUCAAUUGUAACCCUGUAAUUGUGUUCUUUGACAGCAGAAAUUGGUGCUGCAAUCAGCUUCCUACCA